AUGGCUUCCGAACCGCCGGAGGACGCGAUCGACAAUUUUGUCAGCUUCACCAGCACGACCCGCGAACAAGCGAUUGGCUUUCUCAAGGCACACAGCCUCGAUUCACAACGAGCCAUUAACGCGUAUUUCGAAGACCCUACAGGUCCCCACCCAAAGGUGAUUGAAACUCCGAAAGACCUCACAUUAGGCAAGAGCCCAGACAAAGGAAUGGACAUUGACAGGCCUUUACUACAACAGACACCUGGCUUCUACAAUGACAAUAGUGGGACUCCGAUCGGAUUCGGCCAGCAAGACCAUACCCCAAGCGUACCACCUACGGCUCCUCCUUCUCGCCCCCCUUCUCGAACUAACAUGAUCGAUGCGACGCAGCCUCCGGGUUAUGAUAAUGCCACUGCACAACCUGCGCAGAGAAACAUCGGUGAGCUACGUCACACAUCCGAGGACUGGUGGAAUUGGUGGGUGGACAAAGUACCCCGUGCUGACACACACCCGUCGUAUGGCGAAGGCAAAUCAGUUUCGGGCAAUAAUAUGUCCUUGGCUCAGCGCGAGGAACAAGAUCUGCAGCAGGCUGUCGCCAUGUCGCUCAAUCAGGGCAUGGGACAACAGGAGACCGGAGUUACGAACAAACAAGCGCAAUCCGGUUCAACGACGCGUGACGAUUACGACUCGGGCGCAUGGGCCAUGACCCUUUUCAACGCUACCUCGCAAGAAGUCAUGACGGGCCCUGACCCCGAAGAUCGAAAGAGAGUUAUGGACCAGCCUGCCUUCAUCCGGCCCACAAACAACAAUCUCUACCUCGGCGGAUUGCUCACUAUCCUCCACGGGAUCCCUCUUGCGCGGGAGGCUUUCAUGCUCAGAAAAAAGGUUCUUUUUGAUUAUGGACAAGACUCACAGUGGUGGAAUGGACAACCGAUCAAUUUACCGAAAAUUGUGACCGUUCACGACGGGCAUAGUGCGGACAAUGACUGGGACGACAUCAUCUAUGAAACUCAGCGACUGAUGGCAUUCCUGGACUCUACGGAACGCGCCUAUGGUAGCAGCGAUGCGCUCGCAAACCUCAAGGCUCUCAACGACGGCUCAUCCGAUUCGGAGGAAGUCAUCUCUCGGUUCCUAGAGUCCUGGCAUCGUGCAGCACUCCGAGCGGAUCCUGAAAAUCCACUGUCGACAAUUUUCAUGUCUCACGCCUACAAACGGACUCCAUUCGACGGAAUGGAAGGCGACGAACCAAUUGAAAAAGAUAUGUUUGUUUUCGGGCCCCAGGUCGAGCAAGAGCACGGUCAGACUCUUUAUGAUGUUCUAGACACUGCGAUGUGGAGUGAUCAGCCCGGCCAGGAACUUGAUGAUGUAUGGCUUGAGCACGUCGGAGAAAUUCUCGUUAUGAAACUGGAUUCCUUCGAGAACUCUAAGUCCUUGAAUGUUGAAGCUCCAGUCGUUUUCUACCCGGACCGCUAUCUGAGCAGUUGCAGAGAAAUCGCGCUCGAUUUCCGGGCCAGGAGACUGGAAGUCAUGGCAGAGAUCCAGGACCUUGAGAAGCAAAUCAGUACUUGGACCUGGCCGCGAAAGCCCUGUGGAAAUCUUACGGUGAAGGAGCUCUUCGAGCAAACUGCCGAGGCUGUACCUGUGGUGAUGAGAGGUCACGUUGCGAGGAAUGACCCCUCAUGGACUACAGAGAGAAAGGAGAAACUUGUGCGUGACCUGAAAUACAGGGCGGGAAAGGUGCAGUCCAAAUUGGAUGGUCUUGAAACCAAGAAACAGGAAGUGCUGGAGAAAAUGCGCAGCUAUUCGAAAUUCCUCACGGAGCCCAGCGACUCUCCCAACAGCCCACCAACUCACAAGUACACUCUGCGUGGUGUUUGCACCCAGCCACACGUCACCUACAUCUUGAAGCGCAACGAGACGACAAGCUCCGGCGAUGCGAUGAAGGUUGAUGAAGGUAGUAACGGUCAAGAGCAAUGGUGGCGAAUUAGCUACUCUGCAGAAGAUGGCCAGACUCGCCAGGCAGAAAAGCCAGGCUCGAAGGGCAAGCAGCCGGCCUCGCGAAACGGCGAUUUCAUGGGAUACACUGUUCGCAGAGUGGAAGAGAGUGAAGCCCUCGACGCCGCUCGAGAGGAAUGGAGAACAGUUCUUCUUGUGUAUGCCAGUGAAAGCGCGAUGGGUGCCAAGGCCGGCCCGGCACCGAUGCAGCUCCAGGGCUUCGUCAGAAAGGACAAUGCAGAAUUCACUACCGAAUGCGAGCAAAGUACCGCUAAUGCUGGCGACACUCACAUGUCCGAUUCUUCGGGCAAGGAUAACAGCAUGAGCACCCAGUAUCCCUCCUCUCAAGAGCGCGACCGUGAUCGAAACGUGAAUGUCUUCGACUACGAGGUUUCCGACUUUGACAGCGAGCGCGGAUCGGGCAAAGAGAUGCAAGAGAAGUCUCAGACCAGUCUUCUGAGUGCCAGCAAGAACAAGGCUUCUCGUGAGGCUACAGUCUCUCGAGCCUUGGAUGAUGAUUCGGUGUGGAAUUCAGGGGAUGAAGACCAGGAGAUGGUGGACCAUGUCGAGGAUGCGAAGUCUUGA